AUGACAAGCCAGAAAGAAAGCAAAGGUUGUUGCUGUGAGAAAGAAAGAAGUGUGAAACUGAGCCAGUACCAACCACAUCUAGCUGACAAGCCAAUUCAAGCCCGUCCCUGGACAAUCGAGUUUGGUAAAGGAAGGGGCAAGCCUAAACCCAUGCUCAAACCUAUAAUCCUUUUGCUAUCGUGCUCAGUCCGGUGCUAUUCUCAGAGACAGGUACGGAAGAUUCUCCGGUGCGGAAGAAAGGAGUUAUCGAAGCAGGACAAAAUCACUAAUAAGUCAAAAGCCACAGGAGCAGCGGGCAAGUGCUUGGUAGGCCAACAGCCCAAUGAACCGGGCGGGGCGCACACUGCAGCUUCCUGCAUUCGUACUUCUGACUAG